CAGCAACAUGCGGUUUUAUUUUUGGGUGAACUAUUCCUUUAAGAAGUUUAGCAGCUUUUGCACAGUUUACACGACCCUCUAAAGAUGAGAGGGUUCGAAUCUGAAUCAUCCUGUAUUAGCUUUCACUCAGGGGCAAACCUGCAGCCUGUAAUCGUUUUACGGAAACGGAACGCAGUGCAUGCUGGGAAAUGUAGUCGCCAACCGCGUCAAAAAUGGUGGACUUUCAGCCUCCGCCUUUCCGAUCCUUGGAUGAUUUUUUCUUAGGUUCGGCUCGGUUUUCAGCGCCUGAUGUCCGUAACCUGGAGCGCUGGAAUAACCGGAUCAUAAACAACUUGCUGUAUUACCAGUCAAACUAUUUCGCCUUUGUCGUGGCUUUUCUUAUUAUAGUCGGGUAUUUCCAGCCAUUCCAGCUGAUUCUCGGGGCGACAGUUGUGAUCCUUUUGUUUUUGGGGUUUGUCUGGGCUGCGGAAAACAAGUCUGUUGUUCGGAGAUUUCGGAGGAAUCAUCCAUCACUCUGCUUUGCUGCAAUCCUGGGCUCCAGCUACCUUCUACUGUCUGUCUUAGGAGGAGUGGCCGUGUUUCUUUUUGGCAUCGCCUUUCCCAUAUUAGUGGUUCUUAUUCAUGCUUCAGUGAGACUCAGAAGUCUUAAGAAUAAACUGGAGAACAAGCUGGAGAGUAUAGGACUGAAGAGGACUCCUAUGGGCCUGUUACUGGAAGCUCUGGGACAGGAACAAGAAGCCGGAUCAUAGCUAUUAAGCACCUGUACUAAGAUUAAUUUCUUCUUUCCUGGGCGCUUAUUUUCUUUAUGCAUAUUUUCAAAAAUACACAUACGAGUGACAUUGGCAAAAUAUGUUUGUCAUAGUAUUAAAGUCUCUCAGGUAUGCAAGAUGAACCCAGUGAAAAUAACUUUUUAUAAGAAGAAUUGGCGUGGAGAGUGAUUUAAAGCAAAAGGUUACCGGCUCAAGUGUUAAUGAUUACUUGAUGAUACUCAAGUUACUUAAGAAAGACUAAAAUGUCUUACUAUAUACAAUACAAAGUGUCUUAAACAAAAUAUAGAAAAUGAAUGCCUUCUAAACAUGGCAUUGAAUGGAGUUAUUAUGCCAAGUCAUAAUUAGAGGUUUUUCGGAUAAAGCAAUGCCAACACUGAAGAUAUUUUAUCCUUAAUCUUGUUUUCUCUAUGGUCGUGUUGGUGAAUUUUUGUGAAGGAAAUAUUUCUGAAGAGAUUAAGAUUUAAAGAAAGAAGGAAAUUAUUUACAUUUAUUGCCAUAAAUUAUUACGGCGGUUGUUAUUGUGCAUUAGAUGACCGAUUAGAAUGAUUUAUUUUAAGUUUUAUCUUAUUUUGUUUGUAAUGAAGCUAUGUCAUGUGUGGUUGCUCUAACAAACUGCCAAGGUGACCUCUUUGUUAUAGCAACCCUUUUUAAUGAAGACCAAUAAUAUUUAUUCUUCAUGUUCUCAUGAUAUUGCCAGAGGAAAAUGUCUUAUUUCCACAGACAGGAGAGAUGCAAUAUAUAAUCAUAGAUGUAAAUGAUCUGAGAUAUUGAGAUCUUUGAAGAUGUAGUAGACCAUAGAUGUGGUGCAUUAACAUUCCUAAGAGAUGUAACUCUACAGCCUUUAUUAUUUCUUUUACAUUGACAGCCUUUAAAUGACAUUAAAAA